AUGUUUGACCCCCAAAGUCCAGUUCGACCGGACUCAUCUGGUUUCGAGCAUGUCUUUGUAGUAGAGACGAGAGGAGGUCAUACUGUCAUUGGCUUUCACAACUGGAUUCAGUUGUACUUACAAGAGAAACUAGGACACAUUGACUACAAAGGAUACAGUGUGAAUGCCAAAUCGCCACAGCCGGAUGAGAGCAAGCACAUUUUGGCUCUGCAGUUCAGCUGGAAGAAUGGAAUCAAGCCCAAAGGAAGCAUCUUCAUCGGUGUGAGCCCAGAGUUUGAGUUUGCUCUGUACACUCUGUGUUUCCUCACGUCUCCAAACGAGCGAGUCAAAGUCUCCUUCAACGUCUAUGAGGUGGAGAUCGUCUGUCACCACUACAACCAGAAGCACAUCGGCACCACCUAUCCUGUGCUCGUCAAAUACCUCAAUGUAUAA